AUGUCAUCAGCGGAAGUUGAAAGGUCGCCUGCCCAGGCCCUGCACAAUGCCUUCCGAGCCCUGAAUCUGGCAGGUCAUGUGGGAUUUGACAGCCUUCCUGAUCAGCUCGUCAACAAGUCUGUGUCCCAGGGGUUUUGUUUCAACAUUCUCUGUGUUGGUGAAACUGGCAUUGGUAAAUCCACAAUGAUGGACACACUUUUCAACACCAAUUUUGACUCUACACCGAGCACUCAUGAUCUGCCUGGCGUGAAGCUCAAAGCUCAUACCUAUGAACUGAGGGAGAAGAAUGUCCUGCUAAAACUGACUCUGGUGGACUCUGUGGGGUUUGGGGAUCAGAUUAACAAAGAUGAUAGCUGGAAGCCCAUAGUGGACUACAUUGAUGCUCAGUUCGAUGCUUACCUGCAUGAAGAGCUGAAGAUCAAGAGAAUGCUUCACACCUACCAUGACACCCGAGUUCAUGCGUGCCUGUAUUUCAUUGCUCCAACUGGCCACUCGUUGAAGGCCCUGGACCUGAUGACCAUGAAACAGAUGGACACAAAGGUCAACAUCAUCCCAGUGAUUGCCAAAGCCGACACCAUCACCAAGACUGAGCUGACCAAGUUUAAAGCAAAGUUGAUGUCUGAGCUGUUGUCUAAUGGAGUCCACAUUUACCAGUUCCCUACAGAUGAUGAGACUAUCUCUGAGACCAAUGCAUCAAUGAAUCAACAUCUCCCUUUUGCUGUGGUCGGUAGUAAUGAUGAGGUCAAGGUUGGAAACAAGAUGAUCAAAGCCAGGCAGUAUCCAUGGGGAACAGUUCAAGUGGAAAAUGAGAACCACUGUGAUUUUGUGAAACUGCGAGAAAUGCUGAUACGGACCAACAUGGAGGACCUGAGAGAGGUGACCCACUCUGUUCAUUUUGAGAGGUAUCGCCGCAGCAAGCUGGAGGAAAUGGGGUUCUCCGAUUCGGAGACUAAAAGCUUGUCGGAGACUUAUGAACAGAAGCGCCAGGAGCAUAUCACCAACCUGCAGAAGAAGGAAGAUGAAAUGAGGCAGAUGUUUGUAAUCCGUGUCAAGGAGAAGGAGUCUGAGCUGAAAGAGGCAGAAAAGGAGCUUCACAAUCGGUUUGAUGCCCUGAAGAAACAGCAUGCCGAUGAAAAACAAAAGCUGGAAGAGAGCAAGAAACGCCUGGAGGAUGAAAUGAACCUGUUUGCUCAGCAGAAGGCGCAGGUUCAAAGCCACACCUCCACCAUGACUAAAAAGAAGAAGUAA